AUGCAGAAGGAUACGGGAGCCGCACACUACGGUCAGGCGUGCCUGAACUGCGCCCGGGCUAAAUCUAAAUGCGUUAUGACUGGGGUAGGGACUCGAGGGUGCGAUAGAUGUCGCCGUAUGCAGAAGGACUGUCGACCAGCACCUAGGCUGCGGAAGCGCAAGGCGCCAUCGCGAACAGAACUUCUGGAGCAGAAGGUGGAAGAUUUGAUGGCAUUGUUGAAGACGCCUGCACCAUCGCAGGCGUUGCCGACACCGGCGCCUGAUCCCUUCCAGACAUGCCCUUCGCUGUUGCCCAUCGACAGAGCGAACGAGGAUGUGGCGUCUGAUGCAAGCACUGUGGUGCCAGAGCCGCUGCCGAGCUCGAGCGUUCCCGACAUGACCCCUGACGAAGAAGAGGAGGCUCUCAAUGCAUUUCGGACGGAGAAGCUACCUUGGAUGCCAAUCAUGCAUAUCCCGGAGACAACACGUCCUGAAGAUUUGAAGAAAGAGUACCCGUUUGUAUGGCUAUGCAUCAGAGCGAUUCAGAACAAGUGCACGCCACAUACGCGGAUUUUGUGCGAUCGCGUCCGCGAAGAGGCCGGCAGGCGAAUGAUGCUCGAAUGUGAGAAAUCAUUCGAUUUACUACAGGGUUCUUUGAUCUACUUGGGCUGGGUUACCUUUGCUUGCCCGUCGGACAAAACGUCGCUCUGCACCUAUUUGCAGAUGGCCCUCGCCAUGCUCUUUAAUCUCCGCCUGCAAAAGCCUCCGCCUCCGGACCCGAACCUAGCGGUUCCUACAUGUAACGUGGCUGGCCAUUUUACAAAACGAAAAAUUUACGUGUCGCUGGUUCGCACCAUGAACGAGCGGAGAGCGUUACUCGGGUGUUAUUUCCUCAGUUCAGCUAUCUCGCAGUUCGUUGGCCUCACCGAGCCGAUGACUUGGACACUGCAUAUGACGGAGUGCCUGGAAGUGCUCUCCGCGAGUACGGAGACCCCGAACGACGCGAUCCUGGUUCAGCUGGUAUCGAUCCGGCGCAUUACGGACAAGAUCCCCAUGGGCACGUGGAACUUUAACGAUCCUACUCCUCUCAUGCGGGCGCCUUAUGCAUGGCACCUCAAGGCGCUGGAAUCGCAGUUGACGGACCUAACGAGCCGGAUGCCGCUGCACCUGCACCAUAACAAAACCGCGACGCUGUAUCUUUUGCAUCUGAAGGUCGCUUUGUACGAAACGGCUCUCUUGAACGCCCCAGCCGAGCCGUGCAAUGACAUUGACAUUGACCGACUCGAUCACCUGUACAGCUGCCUGAACGCCAUCAAAGGGUUUUGCGAUAUCAUCCUAUCAGUCCCACUCACCAUGUUCCCGGACAUCCCGAUGAGCGUCUACAUUCUCAUGUCGCAUUGCUUUAUCGCGCUCUUUCGCCUCUCGAUGUUCGACUACCCGGGCUGGGACAAGGAGGCGGUGCGUCGCGACGUCGACCUGCUGGGAAUCACCGCACAACUGGCCGAGCGAAUGGCCCAGGUGGCUCCGACGCUGGGGAUCAAGAAUAACGGAAUGCAGUUGGAUACGUGUACGCGAUUCGCCGACAAGAUUCUCGGGCUUCGAGCGGGCUGGGAGGCGCGCAUGUCCAAUGCGCCCGAGACAAACGAAGUUGAGACGCUGGAUCCGUUGCUGGCGAUGGAUGCGAAGUUUCUCGACCCCUGGUCGGAUACGUCGUGGUUGUCGGGGGCAUUAAUGUCGGGGGCAUUCCUUUGA